UCUCCUUGGAUAUGGGAUGAAAGGCCACAGAUGGUUUUCUUAAAUUAUGCUGUGUUUCUUGAAUUCAUCAAACUUGAAGAUGUUGAUGAAAGUCAGCCCAGAACAUACUUAAUUGAUGAAGUGGAGGUUGGCGAGGAAUACGAAGUGGUGGUCACCCAGGCAAGCGGACUGUAUCGAUCACGGUUGGGUGACAUCAUUCGAUUUGUCGGCUAUCAUCAUCGAUCUCCUUGCUUUGAGUUUCUUUACAGGCUUGGUCUGACUUUGAAUGUUCGAAACGAGAAGAUGAAUCAGAAGGUUUUGAAGGAUGCUCUCCAUGCUGCUGUUUCUUGUUGGUCUGGAACAAGACUAGUUGAAUAUGCUGUGGCAGAAAACACACUCAUUCCAAAAUCGCAUCCAGCAUAUGUGGACAAGCUCAUACCAUAUUAUAUGGUGUUUUUAGAGCUGGACUUUACCUCUUCCCAGUUCACUCGUCGUGACAUCACCAAUGAGCAUCUGCAGUUGGUUGACAAGGAACUGUGUGAUCGUAACAGUCUUUACAAAGACUUGCGUGACAGGGGUGGUGUUUCGCACCCACGCGUGUACGUCCUGAAACCCGGAACGUUUGACAACCUGAAGAAACUGGUGCUGAGAGACCACAGGACCAGCGUCAAUCAGUAUAAAAUCAGGAGGAAGCUGAGAACCCUUGAAAGUCUGCAGUUGAUGUUUGAUAAUAUAGAUGCUAAUAUUUAACCUCUUCAUUAUGAAUACGGUGGUACUGCUGUGUGUGACACUAAAAAUUGGCUUCGACAGGUCAAUGGCCUUUCUGUCUCCCUACAUCCGCGACAUUUUCUUUUCAUUUCUUUUACAUUUCUGUCAUUUUCGUAUUGUUUAUAUUGUUAUUUAAGUUAUUAUACUUUACUUCAUUUUAUCCUUUGUUUAUGUGAUUGUAUUUUUUGAAAGGAUGUUAAAUAAAUGAAUUGAAAUGCAUAGUCCAACCUCCAUCACUCUAGCUCAACAUACCAAGCUGGGCACCAGGUAAGCAACUGAAAUUGAUCUGUUUGGAGGAGAUUUAAAGAUUUUUUUUUUCUUUUGGGGGUUUCCCCUCCUCCACAGACGACUAGCCAUCUCUCACACAGUGUGAAGGAACUACAUGUAUGCCCCCUUCGGCUUAAUGUAGAAUUUUCCUCAAAACUAGUGUUUUGAUUUGUAGUGAUUCUUAAACAGUGCAAUAAAAAAGAAGAAGAAAACUUGACACCUCACAAAUCCCCAAUUUAAGGAGCACAUAAAUUAUUAUAUAUGACAAGAAAGAGUAUCUUCUCCCAAACAGUUUGAUUUGUAGUGAUUCUUAAACAGUGCAAUUAAAAAACAAAAAAGAAAACUUGACACCUCACACAUCCCCAAUUAAAGGGAA